AAUCACUUCUUGGAUGCUUAUAGCCCCAGUAAAUCGCGGAUGGAUCAACGAAACCAAUCAAUGUCCCGUGCGGAUGCUCGAGGACCAUUGCGAGCCAAAUGAUGUCAUCAAGGACAUCACCGGGCAGCGCUUCCCUUUUGUUUUUCUGGAUCCCAAGUCGAAGAAUUUUGGAGCCUUCGUGAGGACUUCUUCCGCAUCCCGCAUCGAACCAAGUGCCAGGUGGCAUGCACGGAUAAUUCUCGUGUCUCGUCUUUGUCAUGACUUAUUAUGUUGUCACAUGGCUUCGUCAAGUUCCUACGCGACCGCGUCUGUUCUGGGUUGAUGGCGGUUGGUGCACAACAGGCGUGCUUCUGUGGUCGAAAUUGAUCGCAGUCGAUCGCUUCGGCUUUCCACGGUCAUAUCUGCAGAAAUCCCAUCACGCUGGACGUGUGGGGCUGCCCCGAUCCUCGUACGAAGGACUAUUCUGCCAUGUAUAGUAAGAAUCACUUCAGGCAUCAAUGCGCAGCCAAGUGAUGGGUUCAGGUUUGACUUCGAAAUUUUGAGCCUGCAAUCGUCUGGACUCCGUUACUAAUUCUGUUUUACAUGCAGUCAUUCGCGAAGAGUAUAUAUUCAAAGCCGUAAUGAGUAUUCGUCCCCUCAGCAGAGAACUGUUCGACUUUCCAUCUCUCAUGCCUGCCCCUCUGUCCACUGACGGGACGAGUUCGCCUUCCCACCAGACGCUGCAUGAGGAUCUCCUCAAGGAGCAACUGACGGAAAAAUCUGAAGGCAGCUUGACCCCGACUCACACCGGAACCGCAACAGUAGACGAUCCGUUUCUCGUCAAGCUCGAUC